AUGGCUGGCCCAUACUCACCCCCAAUUUCGUUAGCUGAAAUAGAUGCUAUAUCCAAUUUGAGAGAAGGCAUAAGGAAGUUACGAGAGUUAGGGAUAGACCAUGCUGGUGUGAAGAACAAGGACGACGUAGUCCUCAGAUUGAGAAAAUUCUUGAAACUACAUGGUGUAGGUGUGGCUGAGGACCCACUGAAUGCCGCUGAACUAAUGGCAGAUGCCUUGGAGGAAGAUAAAGAGACAAGACAACAGCUACAGCAAUUAUACGAAGGCACGAUUAAGUAUAUUUCUGGUUUACCAGAAAGAAGACGUGAUGACCUAAAUCAAAACAUUCCGCGAGUGGUAGAAAGAUUACGUGAAAGCAUUGAAGAACUCUCUAAAAGCGAAAGUGGAAUUUUUGUAGCAGGUGAGACCGGUGCUGGCAAGAGUUGUCUGUUGAAUCUUCUCCUUGGGGAAGAUCUUCUUCCAACGGAUUUUUUCAGUUGUACCGCCGUGCUGUGUGAAUUAAGGUACGGCGACCAAAGGAAGGCUGUUGCACAUUUCUGGGACACCAGUUUACAACCUGUUACUUUGGACCUGGAAGUGCCAGAUCCUCUUAAGGUUUUGAAGCCUUACAUAUUCCAGGAAGAAGGACGAGGGAAGAAGGAAUUUCCAUACAACAGAGUCCAGUUAUUUUGGCCUAUCCCUCUGCUACAGGGAGGUGUCUACAUAAUGGACAGCCCUGGUAUAGGAGAGAGUGAAAUGAUGACAAAACUUACAAAGAGUUACUUGGCCAAGGCAUUUUCCUUCAUCUACGUCAUCAACAGCAUGGUGGCCGGAGGAGUGCAAGAAGAUAGGGUAACGCUUAUUGCAAUUUUGACCUCUUUCCUCAAACAUUUUAUGUUGAUGAAUAAUUCUCAGUAG